GACAAACAUGUGUCCUUUUCACUCGUAGGUGCUCUUGAUCAUACUACAGAAUGGAUAAAAGAAUCUGUAAAUGAAGAAUUACUCUCUCUUUCUGAGACUGCUUUAACUACUGGGGCCGAAAAUAGCUCCAAGCCAAACCUGAGCCCUACGCUGGUGCUAAAUAACAGUUACUUGAAACUGCUACAGUGGGAUUAUCAGAAAAAAGUAUUACCAGAGACACUCGUGACAGAUGGAGCACGUCUUCAGGAACUGACAGAAAAGCUGAAUCAAUUGAAAAUUAUUGCCUGCCUGUCCCUAAUUACCAACAACAUGAUGGGUGCUAUUACAGAAGGCCUGCCUGAGCUUGCAAACAGGUUAAAAAGGAUUUCAGCUGUACUACUUGAAGGCAUGAACAAAGAGACCUUUAACUUGAAGGAAGUCCUGAAUUCUGUCGGUGUUCAGACUUGUGUUGAGGUUAACAAGACCCUAAUAGAGAGAGGUUUACCCACUUUAAAUGCUGAGGUUCAAGCUAAUCUUGUAGGUCAAUUUUCAAGCAUUGAAGAGGAAGACAAUCCUAUCUGGUCCCUGAUCGAUAAACGAAUCCAGCUGUACAUGAAAAGCAUACUUUGUCUUCCAAGCCCUCAAAAAUGCAUGCCUCCCAUGCCAGGAGGUCUUGCUGUCAUUCAGCGGGAGCUAGAAGCUCUAGGCUCUCAAUACGCGAGUAUUGUGAAUCUCAACAAACAAGUAUAUGGACCGUUUUAUGCAAAUAUACUUCGAAAACUGCUCUUCAGCGAGGAGGCCAUGGGGAAGGCAGAUGCUUCACCUCCUACUAACUAAAGAGGAACUGACAUUGGAUAAGAGAUUGGAAAUCCAGCAUUUGGUACCCAGGCCAUUUCCAUCAAUGGCAUUAUAGAUGUGGCACAUUCUCAGUACUGUCUGUGGUGCAGUGUUAGCCCAAAUCUGUAAUCCAGUAAAUAUUAGCAUUACAGAAGACGCACACAUCAUAUAGACCUUUUUUGUGUAUCAUUUUCAAGUUUUAAAAACAGGUGUUUUUAAUGACUGGAAGCCAAUUUGUAAUUAAUUAUAUUACCUAUGUAAUACUUAUAAAUGUUUUCUUAAGCUUUUAUAUUUGGCUUAUUCAUUCAACCCUUAAGAAGUUGUUUUUCCCAUUUGUCACUGUCAAAUCUAAUGAUUUUUAAUUUUGGUACAACUUCUUAAAGGGUUGAAAGUUGUGAGAAUAACCAAGGGAAUUGAUGUUUUGAAUAAAUGAUGCGAAGUAAGAAUAAUUGUAUUUGAAAUGUACAAUUACAAUUUAUCAAUGUGUUAUAGAAACUUACAUAGUAAGUCCUCAAAUAUGCCAAAUCACAUUUUAUAGUACCAAUUGUCAGUAUUUAUUUAGAAUUUAAAUUUAAUAAGUACACUUUUGUGCUUCUACAAAUUUUAAAGAAAACCUUUCUUGUUUGUUUAAUGAAAAUAGAAACAAAUCCCUUCUAAAAUUUUAUUGUAGAGGUUGAUUUCUUCUUACGAAUUAAUCUACUCUCUGAGAGAAACAAUUUUGCACAAAUAUCUUAAUGAAUGUCCUUGCAUUUCUCAGGCCAUUGGUAAGGUUUAUAUAAGAUUUUAAUAUUUUUAUGUAAGGCAGGUCUGCUUUGAAUUGGUUUACUUGUAAGAAGAAGGGAAGUUAAGUAAAAUGAGAUCCCAUUCUCCAUGAAGUUCACAUCUGAAAAAGAAACAGUUGAACUUUGGAUUUCUUAAGCAUGUAAAUUAACUAGCAAAUGCCUUUUGUGCUGCUUUAAAUCUUUACCCUGUUAAGACCAAGCGUACUUAUGCUCUUCUAAGUAUCAUGAUCAUUUGCUGUUCUUGAGCAUUAAAUCAAACCUAGCAAAGCUGGACACUAGUUAUUAUUGGGAUUUUAGGGAAAUCCUCUUAUCUUGGAAUUACUCCUUUUGGAGUGUUGAGGGAAGCACUACAGUUUGCCAUACUCGGUCUAGAAAGUGCUUUAUUUGCAUAAAAUGCAUGUUUGAUUAUUUUGUUUUCUAAGGACUCACUGAGCUGUAGUAAUUUGGUGGAGAAAAUGGGUAGGAAGUAAAGAGGAGUGUUCCUUUUUUCCCCAACCUCCUUUUUCUC